AUGGGUAAACGCAAAUCCGAAGUAGACGUGGACGAGAUGGAGAGGAAGAUGCAGAAGCUACAGGAGCAAAUCGACACUCUGCGUCGAGAGCGAGCAUCAAAUGCAAAUGAGAGCGAGGACGGCAAUUCGGAGAGCGACUCUGAGGAUGACGGGGAUGACAAAGAAAACGGUGACACUGGGAAGAAGGACGCGGAGGAAAACUCAAAAACAACAUCGAGCAGAAUCGAUGCUAUGGGCAAAGACCCGACAAUCUCCGACAAGAUCGAUGUACCUAUUAAUGAGCAUAUGGAAAAACUGUGGAACAAUUGGGCUCACGAGGGACUUGAUACUACAACCUUAGAAUUUUUACUUGAGCAAUAUAAGCUGCCUGAAUUCAUUGUCACGCCGGAAAUAAAUCCGGAAAUAACAGAAGUUAUGGAAGCGAACGCCAUCAGACGCGACAAAUUCAUGAAACAAGCGCAAGACUUGACUGCUAACACUAUUAUUACCACUGGCUCAUCCUUAGUGGUGUUGAUGGACGACGAUGUAGCUCUCGAAGAGGAGACAAGGCUCAACAUGAUUAAUAUGAUAUCAGAAUCGAUUCAGCUGCAAUGUCAACUAUUUUAUGAACAGUCUCAGUCACGAAGAGCUCUGAUCAUAACAUCUAUCAGAGACUCGUCCAUGAAAGCUAUGCUAGCUAAACAAAAAGUGGAUAAAUUCCUAUUCGGCGAAGACCUGCCAACCAAAUUCAAGACACUUAAAACAUCCUUACCGAAACAACCAACCGUGGUCAGGCCAAGGCCAAUCGCAGGAUCGCUGGCAGUACAAAAACAAGCCCCAAUUCUACAAUCGAGUGAGCCAAGCGAGGAAGAACACCCAACAUCAAGCAGGAAGGAGAAAACCGAUGACGCAGAAGAAUUAAUCCCACAGUGUGUUCAGGGAUACAAAAUCCCAUUUAAUGAACCAGUAAAACAAACACGUAAGCCCAAAAUAGUGUUCGCGUCCAACGCAGAAACAUCACAAUGUGAGAAAGCGAUCAACGCUCUGCUAAGUAAAGGAGCGAUCAAGAAAUGCGAGUACACGGAGAAUCAAUUCUUGUCCUCAUAUUUCUUGAGACCCAAGCCGGAUGGGAACCAUUUUAAAAUGGAAGAUGUUCGAACAGCAUGCAAGUUAAUCACUAAAAAUUGCUUUAUGGUGACUCUAGACAUAAAAGAUGCAUAUCUGACGGUCCCAAUACAUGAGACUCAUAGAAAAUACUUAAGGUUCGAGUUCAAAAAUGUAAUCUACGAGUUCCAGGUCCUCCCAUUCGGCUUAUGUACUGCUCCAUAUGUGUUUACAAAAAUCCUUAAGCCUGCAUUGAGCAAAUUGAGAAAAUCAGGCUAUUUAUCAGUGAGCUACAUAGACGAUUUUCUUCUCAUUGGUGAAUCGGUAUCAGAGUGUGCUAAAAAUUUAAGCACUACGAAAGAGCUUCUAACUAAAUUGGGCUUCUUGAUCAACGAAGACAAGAGUGUACACACUCCUACCCAUCGGGUAGACUACUUGGGCUUUGCUCUUGAUUCAAAUAAACUUAUCAUUGAGCUCACCGACAAAAGGAAAUCAGAAAUCACAAAAAAAUUGAUAUCAUUCACGAAUAAAAAGCACUGUACAAUCCAAGAUUUUGCAUCAAUGACAGGAACACUAGUAGCAACGUGUCAAGCAGCUAAAUACGGCUGGCUACACAUUAAAGAGCUUGAACGCGAAAUUUACUUAGCACUAAAAAAGAANCACAAACAGUUAGCAAGCCACUCAGUGAGACACGCUGCAACCUCGCAAGCAUUCAGUAAAGGUAUAGAUAUCGAGACAAUAAGGGCAACAGCGGGAUGGGCAAAUGGCUCAGAAGUUUUUGCAAAGUUCUACAAUCGUCCCAUUCAAACAAAAGAUCACCAAUUUGCCAAUGCGGUGCUAGGAAAGCCGAACGCAUAA